ACCGCUCCUCUCAAAAGACCAACAGCCACGGCCGCCAAGAAAGUUCCGCAUGGUGCAGCAGCGAAGGCACCUCCAAAGCCCGCGGCGCCUGUCCAGAACAAGGCUGCAUCAGUAGCAGGCGAGAGUCCCGCGAGCGGCGGAGGAGUCACGUCAGCUUAUGCCAUCAUGGCCCAUAGAAUCGCGAACCGUGUCGCGGAGAUGGCAGAAAGCAUCACGUUCGUCGAGAAGCCCAAACCUCAAGAACCCGAACCAACUCCACCCGCAGAACUCGAAAAGCGACGGCCACGAAAGCUCGAGAUGAGGCUCAAUGGCGGCACUGCCGACUCGGUAGCUUUCUCCGCUCCAUUUCUGGAUAACACGCUGCAGAAAAUGUUGCAGUUGCAGAACCGGAUGCUGAAGAGCAGUGCCGAGCUGAGCAAAGCCGAAGGUGUGGACGAGAAGAUGGUGAAAGAGCAUGCGGCGCAGAGUGCGGAGUUGAGCAGGAUUAUUGCGCUGAUUUGUGCGGAGAAGGCGAGGCAAGGCGCUUAA